GCCCAGCGGAGCCGGAAGUUGUCUUUCUCAGCCGGUACGUCGCCCUCCGCGGGCCGCACGGCAUGAUGCUCCGCGGCCCCCGCCGCUUCCUCAGGGUCUCGGUAGCACCCGCCGCGGCCCUGGCUGUGGCGGUGCUCUCGUCACUCUCGCGCUGCUCCCUCCUGGAGCCGGAGGACCGCGUGGUCUCGGCGCUCAGCUCCUACUUCGGCACCAAGACUCGCUACGAGGAUGUCAACCCCGGUCUGCCGCCGGACCCCGAGGCGCCGCGGCGGGACCCGGAGCUGCUGGAGGAGACCUGCACCCCGGUGCAGCUGGUCGCCCUCAUCCGCCACGGCACUCGCUACCCUACGGCCAAACAGAUCCGCAAGCUGCGACAGCUGCACGGGUUGCUGCAGGCCGGCGGGCCCGGGGAUGACAGCACCCGCGCUGCCGGCGGCCGCGACCUGAGCGCCGCGCUGGCAAACUGGCCUCUGUGGUACGCGGACUGGAUGGACGGGCAGCUGGUGGAGAAGGGGCGACAGGACAUGCGACAGCUGGCGCUGCGCCUGGCCUCCCUUUUCCCGGCGCUCUUCAGCCUCGAGAACUACGGCCGCCUGCAGCUCAUCACCAGCUCCAAGCAUCGCUGCGUGGACAGCGGCGCCGCCUUCCUGCAAGGGCUGUGGCAGCACUACCACCCUGGGUUGCCGCCACCGGACGUCGCAGACAUGGAGUGUGGACCUCCAAGAGUUAAUGAUAAACUAAUGAGGUUCUUUGAUCAUUGUGAGAAGUUUUUAACUGAAGUGGAAAGGAAUGCUACUGCUCUUUAUCAUGUAGAAGCCUUCAAAACUGGACCAGAAAUGCAGAACAUUUUAAAAAAAGUUGCAGCUGCUUUGCAAGUGCCAGUCAACAAUUUAAAUGCAGAUUUAAUUCAGGUGGCUUUUUUCACCUGUUCAUUUGACCUGGCAAUUAAAGGUGUUAAAUCUCCUUGGUGUGAUGUUUUUGACAUAGAUGAUGCAAAGGUAUUAGAAUAUUUAAAUGAUCUGAAACAAUAUUGGAAAAGAGGAUAUGGGUAUACGAUUAAUAGUCGAUCCAGCUGCACCCUGUUUCAGGAUAUCUUUCAGCACUUGGACAAGGCAGUUGAACAGAAACAAAGGUCUCAGCCAAUUUCCUCUCCAGUCAUCCUUCAGUUUGGUCAUGCAGAGACCCUUCUUCCACUGCUUUCUCUCAUGGGCUACUUCAAAGACAAGGAGCCCCUAACAGCUUACAAUUACAAGGAACAAAUGCAUCGGAAGUUCCGAAGUGGUCACAUUGUACCCUAUGCCUCAAACCUAAUAUUCGUGCUUUACCAUUGUAAAAAUGCCAAGAAUCCUAAAGAAGAAUUCCGAGUGCAGAUGUUAUUGAAUGAAAAGGUGUUACCAUUGGCACACUCACAAGAAACUGUUUCUGUGUAUGAAGAUCUGAAGAACCAUUACAAGGACAUCCUUCAGAGUUGUCAUACCAGUGAAGAAUGUGAAUUACCAAAGGUGAACAACACAUCUGAUGAGCUUUGAGUAACUGGAGAACAUUUUUAAUUCAUCCAGAAUCUAUAGGGAGGGAUUACAUGCUUGGAAUAGGUGGGCAAUCCUUGGUUACUGGUUACUGAAAGCUUUCACAUUACUUGGGUAUUUCUGUCUUUUCACAGAAAAACAUUGAGUUUCUUUUUGAGUCUGGACAUUCAUGUAUAAGAAAAGAUUCUUCACUGGAGCAGCUCUCUUAAGGGGAAAAAUAUUUAUUCACAGAAAUAGCUGGCACUGCAAAUGUUUACAGAAAUUAAAUUCUUCCUAUUUAUAUAAGAAAUCUCACACUGAGAUAGAAUAUGAUUUCAAAGUGAUACUUGAAGGUGCUGGAGUAACAAAAUAUUAUGUCAGUUGGACGAUCCAUAGCUUGAUUGAACUAAGUCUAGGAACUUUACCAGUUGUGCUGCAGUUCUCUCUUUUUUCCUCAGGUAGCAUAGUGCUAGUUUUGUCUUUUUUAGUCAGAAAUAUUAUGAUAGACUAGGAGUAUCACUUUGGAAGAAAGCUAACAUCUUUCUAGUUGAGAAUUUGAAACAACGUUAAGAAACGAGUCUGAUUAAAAGGACACCUUCAUGGAAGGAAGACAAAAAGUAUAAUAAAAUAAAUAUUUUUGUUAAUACUAUUUAUAAAGUAUUUGAACACUUGUUCAAUAAUUUCUUUUAACUUCCUAGUAAGCCUUGCAAGGUCAUUCUUUAAUUAUUAUCAUAUCUGUUUUACAUAUAUAACAAUAGAGGACAAAGAGGACCAUUAGCAACAAGUCAGAUGGAUAGAAUCAAAGUUUCUUAAAUCCAUUGCUUAGCAAUUUUUUCCAUUCUGUCACUUUGCUUCUAUUUUUAUAUUUUGCUAUUAUGUGAAAUGUGUCUUUUGGUUGUUCAAUUUUUUUCUUUUUUUUUUUUUUUUAAAUAAAGGCUUUAUCCUGGCUGGCUUAGUUUCACAGAUAUGAACCCAUUUCAAAGAGUUCUGUCAAAUGCCUUGAAAGUGUUUGCUAUAAUAAUAAACAGAAUUCUUGUGACUUU